AUGGGUUCUGUGGAGAAUGGGGUUCCUGCCAAGAGAGCUCCCCUGCUCCGGCUUUCCUCUUCCGCGGACGGCAGGUCCUUCUUCCACAGGCCGAGAUCCAGGCUAGCGCGGUUCCUCCUCUUCGAGAAGGUCGAUUACUUCCAAUGGAUUUGCACCGUAGCCAUUUUCUGCUUCGUGGUGAUACUUUUCCAGGCCUUCUUGCCCGGCUCCGUGCUGGAGAAAUCGGGCAAUUUCGGCGUCUCUAGGAGGCUGGCGGCCUUCAGAGAGCUUGGGAUCUUCGGUAAAAUCGGCGAGCUGGAUUUCGGGGAGGGGAUAAGGUUCGUGCCGUCGAAACUGCUGGAGAAGUUCGACAAGGAGAAUGAAGAAGCCAAUUCUUCUUCUUCUUCUGGCUGGCCCAGGAGGCGCACUGCCCUUCUGAAGCCGAAGCUGGCGCUGGUCGGUGACGAUCUCCUGCUCAGCGGCUAUUACCGUCCAUCCAAGUUUCUUUGGUGGGUUCUGAUGAAAUUAUCUUGUUGGGCGCCGUCAAUGGCUUCUGCAGGUUCUCCCCGAUCUAUCUGUAGACGCUGCACACUUGCAUAUGGUCAGUGUUGCUGUCGCCUUGAAAGAGAUCGGCUACGAUAUCGAUGUAAGUACCACAAAACUUCCAAUUUCCCGUUCAGUCACCACACGAACUGUUUGACUUGCAUCCCGUGCCAGAGAACUAUCUUAGUGCUGCUUGUAAUCCUAGUAUUCCUCCUCCUCUGACUUGAAACUACUAAAGGAGCUGCUCAGAAUCGGUUUUGGGUUUCUCCGAAUCUGCUUCCAAAACGGGAGCAUACAACUAAUGGCUCAUGUUGCUGAGUUACCACCCGUUGUCUGGUAUCUCCGUCAUACAUUCUCUCCCUGUUGAAGCUUCCCUCUGUUCAGCUCAGCUGUUGGCUCUGGCGUACUAAAACUCGGGUUUGCUGAUCACCGUAAAUCUUGCUGCAUUUAUUUCCAAUGCUGCUAUUAGAAUCCUUAUUGAGAGAGAACAUAGUUUCUGUUGAAUGAUUCCUCGAUCGCUGGUCAGAUUAUUCCCGUGUUUACCAUGUCAGCAAGGACACGACUGAUCUAAAAAUACAUUUAGUUCUUGAUCCGUGUAUCAUAAACGGUUGAGAUCCUGUAAAAUUCUCCAUAUGUGCAGUCUUUCUUCUUCCCGAAGAUCAUGAAUGCUUCGUUUUGAAUGUGUGCAGGUUUAUGCUCUUGAAGAUGGGCCUGCUAGAUCAGCAUGGGGCUCUGUAGGGUUUCUGCCCACUGUCCUUUCUAUCAGAGAUAAAAUAGAAACAGCCAUAGAUUGGCUGAAGUAAGCCGAUCAUCAUCUUUUUUCUUACAAAACAUGUCCUGACCAAUCAUUCCUCUGCAAGACAAGUUAAAAAUCUAUUCUUAUCAUGUUGUUUUUUUUUUUUUUUCAGUUAUAAUUGCAUCCUUGUGACUGCUCUCGAGGCCAAAAUUGUCCUCUCUUCGUAAGUAUACAUUCUUAAACUCAUGCAUUAAAAUUAAUACUUUCUGUCGUCUAUGAAAAAAAUGUACUGUUCUUAGAUACAGUAAUGAAAGUGUUGAUGUAAUUGUUGAUGGAUAAUAUCUGGAAGUUAAUUUUUUAAAAUAUUUUGAAAAAGUGAAGGAAAUAAACAUGGAGUCCUGAGCAAGGUUCGUGAUAAAUAAAAUGGGGAACAUAAUAUUACGUUGUUGUGAAUAAUAAAAAAAUGGGAAACAAACGGCUUUCUUUCCCCAUUCCCCUCUCUAACUGUCCCACCUGGAAGGGCUCCUUUCCAUCCGUAGAGAGAGAGAGAGGGAGGGAGAGAGAGAGAGAGAGAGAGAGAGAGAGAGAGAGAGAGAGAGAGAGAGAGAGAGAGAGAGAUUCUUAGAGAGAGAGAUUAUUCUGCAAAAAACCUUUGGUUGCUUUCUAGUAUGGUGUCCUGCAGCUGCGUGUACAUUUGAUUUCCACCUGUUGUCAAAUUACUGGAAAAACAGUUGCAUCCCAAUUGAUAACAUUAUUCUUACGGAAGAAGAAUAUUUAUACAUUUUACAGUCUUUUGCAGGAGCCAUUCAAAUCUGUUCCCAUUAUGUGGACUGUUCAUGAACAGUCCCUAGCACUUCGUCUCAAUAAAUAUGUAGUUAAUAACCAGACUCAGCUUAUCAAUAAUUGGAAGCAAGCCUUCAAAAGAGCCACAGUUGUUGUCUUCCCAAACCAUGCAUUGCCGGUAAUACUAUCUAAACACCCUGCUGUAUCACUACCCUGACCAUCUGAUUCGAUCCAGUGCUUAACAUUUUCUUUCUCCAUUCGCAGCUAAUGUAUGCUGUAUUUGAUACGGGUAACUUCUAUGUCGUUCCUGGCUCUCCCACUGAAGCAUGGGAAGCACGCGAUUAUAUUUCCUUAAAUAGCGGGCGUGAUCGACGACUUGAGAUGGGUUAUGGGGAGGAGGAUUUCCUUAUCGCACUCUUAGGAAGUCAAUUUUCGUACAGUGGUUUGUGGCUAGAACAGGCUCUAGUUUUGCAAGCCGUAGCGCCACUUCGCCAGGAGUUCUCCUCUGCGUCUCAUCUGAAGGUUGUCAUCUUGAAUGGAAACUCAACUGAUUCCUACAAGGCGGCACUGGAGGUAUGAUUUUGAAUGCAUGGAUUACGCCAUUGAUGAUGCCUGCUCCACUGGUCCGUCUCACACACAGUUGUUUUCUUGCAGGCAUUCUCUCUCAAACUUGGUUUCUUGAGCGGGAGUGUGAUGCAUGCGGGUGUUGGUGGAGAUGUGAACACUCUCCUGGACAUGGCUGAUCUGGUGAUUUAUGGUGCAUUUCUUGAGGAGCAGUCUUUUCCAUCUCCCUUGAUCAGGGCCAUGUGCCUUGGGAAGCUGAUUAUUGCGCCGGAUCUUGCAAUGAUCGGAAAGCAUGUAUGUCUCUUACUAAUGUUCAUUACUGCUAUCCACCUACUGUGGAUGAUUCUCCAGGGAGAUUACUGACAGUUUCUUUCGAUCAUUACCAGAUUGAUGAUGGAGUGAACGGAUACCUCUUUCCCAAGAAAAAUGUUGCCAUGUUAACUGAGAUUCUAUCCCAAGUUAUCUCUGAUGGAAAAUUAUCUUUCUCAGCCAAGAACGUCGGCUCAAUUGGAAAAGCACAAGGAAUGAACCUCAUGGUGUCUGAAAGCAUCGAAGGCUAUGCAUUUUUGUUGGAACAUAUCGUUAAAUUGCCAUCAGAGGCUGCUUCUCCAAAAACAGUUGCAGAGAUCCCCUCGAGAUUGAAGGAGGAAUGGCUGUGGUAUCUGCUUGAGGACUUGACCUCUAGAAAUGGCGGAGAUAGAGAGAGCAGGCUUGAUGACGUUUUAGACGAGAUGGAAAGGCAGUGGAAUGCUACUUACCUGGACAGUUCUUUCGGCACAGGGGGGGUGAUAGAGGAAGUAUUUUCUCCGAUCAAUUGGGCAGAGGAGAAGUUAAUUGAGAUGUUAAAUACUAGAAAAAGAUUAGAAGAAGAUGAGGUAAGAGUGGAAAUCAAGCUUCCGUCUUCUUCUUUCCAUUGCAUAUUUAUCAAUUUCCACGAGAUAUCAUGCUUUAUUUCUCAGUGAAUGACCUGCGUUCUCUUGUUGCAGUUGAAGGACAGAACUGAUCAGGCGCAUGGAACAUGGGAAGAAGUGUAUCGCAAUGCUAAAAAGGCUGACAGGGCCAGAAACGAGGUACAUGAAAGAGACGACAAAGAGCUUGAACGAACCGGACAGCCACUGUGUAUAUAUGAACCUUACUUCGGAGAAGGAACUUGGCCUUUUCUGCACCAUAAAUCGCUUUAUCGGGGGAUAGGCUUGGUAAGUUACUACUGAAUUUCUUCCAUUUCUCUUCCUUCCAAUCAUUGAUUCAAGAAAGAAAGAUCAUCAGAUCAUCUUUGUGCAUAAUGGGUGGCCACUCCAUCAUCGCUAUAAACACUGAUAAAAUGAUCUGGGUAUUUAUAUGAUUCGUAGCCCAUGUGAUUGAUUCUUAGUUAGGAUUGAAAUUUUUAGUUCUCGUAUGCGCCUGCCAUUCAAUCUUUAAUGUCACUAACCAGCACCAUUUGAUUGGCACUAGUCUAAUAAAGGCAGAAGACCUGGAGGCGAUGACAUUGUUGCUUCUUCUCGUCUUCCACUUCUCAGCGACUCGUACUAUCGAGAUGUGCUGGCUGAGCAUGGGGCCUUUUUCGCAUUAGCUAACAGGAUAGAUCGUAUACAUAAGAGUGCCUGGAUUGGCUUUCAGUCAUGGAGAGCUGCAGCCAGAAAGGUAUGUUCUUGAUGUCAUGUGGAUGUGCCAUCUGGGUAUUCUAGAACUCUGUUGAUCUUGGUAGAGAAUCCGUCUCCAGUUCUCGAUUUUCCCACCAGUUUGAGCUGUUUCUUGGGAAGAUCGUUCCCACUCCAUAUCUAUCAGAAAGAUAAAAAUGGUCUCACCAUGGAGCUUUUCUAUGUUGAGAUGGCGCUUUCAUCUGAUGUUCUUGGUGCACAUCUUCCUUCUCUGCGACAGGUUUCAUUAUCGAAGAGGGCUGAGAGUGUUCUUGUGGAGUCUGUCGAGUCCAGGAAACAUGGGGACACCCUGUACUUCUGGGCUCGUAUGGAUGAGGAUCCCAGGAAUCCUACGCGACAGGACUUUUGGUCUUUCUGCGAUUCGAUUAAUGCUGGGAACUGCAGGUUGGGCUCAGAUCAAUCACUUUCUUUUCUCAGAUAUUUACCUGUUUCAUCAAAGUUCUCAGUCUUUCUUAAUCUCUGAAGAGAGAGGUGAAGAGACUGCUUCUAAAAAUCAUGCAUCGGGCCCUCAGGGGCCUGAUUUUUAUGGCGAUUAUCUGUGGUUUGAAUGAGAUCAAGAACAUCGAUUCCCCAUUUUUCAGCGCAGGAUCUUUAUUCUGCCAUAAGAUAUGAACAGUGACAGUUCCCUUGUGCCGGAUCUUUAUCUUUCUAUGACUAAGAACUGUUGUUCUUAAGAAUAUAUAUAUUAUUAUUAUUAUUUAUGUUUUCUCAUUUUAUGAUUUCUUGAAGAUCCGCGGUCUCUGAAGCUAUCCAGAGGAUGUACGGCAUAAGAGAUGGCUUUGACUCCUUGCCGCCCAUGCCGGCGGACGGCAACACGUGGUCGGUCAUGCAUUGCUGGGCUCUGCCCACUAGAUCGUUCCUGGAGUACGUCAUGUUCUCAAGGUACGCAGAAAAUUUAGCUGCUCUUUUUCAUGCUAUUUUUGGUAAAAAUCACAGCACCCUUUUUUUAGAAACUAUCCAACUACUUUUCCCCGUCUGUGCCCGCAGAAUGUUUGUGGAUGCUCUGGAUGCCCAGAUGUACGAAGAACACCAUCAGAGUGGGCGAUGUGCGUUGACUUUAUCCAAGGUCUGGCCUUCAUCUCCAUCUCCCUUUCCUCCUCAUCCUCUACCGGUCUCCAAGCUCUUCCGGGAUGACCAUCCUCGAUGUUCUUGGUGGCGCAUGCAGGACCGCCACUGCUACUCCCGCGUGCUGGAGCUGAUGGUCAACGUGUGGGCCUACCACAGCGCAAGGAGGAUGGUCUACGUUGACCCGGAGACGGGGGCGAUGGAGGAGCAGCACCAGCUGAAAGGCCGGAGGGGGGGGAGGAUGUGGGUCAAGUGGUUCUCCCCGGCGACGCUGAAGAGUAUGGACGAGGACUUGGCGGAGGAGUGGGACUCUGACCGGCCUGAUCGGCGGUCGCUGUGGCCGUUGACAGGGGAGGUCUACUGGCAGGGGGUGUACGAGAGGGAGAGGAGUAUGCGGCACCAGCAGAAGGAGAGGAGGAAGAAGCAGAGCAAGGAUAAGAUCCGAAGAAUAAAGAGCAGAGCUCGCCAGAAGACCCUGGGAAAGUAUAUAAAGCCCCCGCCGGAAGACGACUUCAACUCUACCGCAGUCUGA